GUUAUAUAGCGGCUUCAAAUUUCGAUCUUCUUCUGGAAGCCAUUGAAAACCAGUUCCAUUUUCAAAAUCAAAUCUUCAAUCUCUCUCUUUUUACUUUAACACCAUGAAGAAGACAACUCGUAGAUCCAAGCAAUCUACUCCCGUCGAUGUCGCGGCUUCAUUCGCAAUCGAAAAGCAACAUUAUGAAGAGAGGAUUCGCCAACUCGAACAAGAGAACAAUGCAUAUGAGACUGAGAAUGCAGAAUUGAAGAAACUAAAGGGGGAUGAUUCUUCAGAUUCUAAUGAUGGAGUUGAGAAGCUUAAGAAAGAAUAUCUUCAGAAGCUGAAUUUACUUGAAGACCAGGUAUCAGAAUUGAAGAAAAAACUGGGAUCUCAAUCCCAAUUUUCAACUCAUAGGAAAAAGGCCGAUGAGUCGACUAGGCAAUUGCAAUAUGAGAUUCAGAAUUUGAAGGCUCAGAAGGCCAAACUGCAAUAUACGAACAAGUUAGAGUCUGUGCGAUUCAGGCUAAGCAAGGCCUUACUUGAAAAAGAAGUUCUCCAGCUUAAGAAGGAAGGAAGAAGGAAUGAAAUCAAGACUUGCAGUUUGCUGACUUCUAUUGAGAGGCUUAAAAUGGUAUUGCAACGGAAGACUGAGGAAGCUUCUGUUGCUAUCAAGCGUCUAAGAGAUAUGAUAGCUGCACGAAAAGCUACAUCAAAUCGAUCAUCAGGUGCCAAAAAUAAAAGUAGUCAAGUAAUUCAGGAUGCUGAGCAUGAACUUGAAGUCACAACUCAGCUGCACAAGUUAUGUUCCCAAUACGAAUCCAAAAUUGAAAAGAUGAUUGAGGAGAAUGCACAUCUGAAAGAAGAAAUUGAAAUGCAGAGGCAAGAUAAUUCAAGGUCUGAGUUACGCGAAGAGGACCUCAACAGCCCGACGAAGGAUUAUGAUGAUAUUCAAGAUUUAAAGGAACAAGUAGACAACCUUAGUUGUCUGCUUAAAGAAUUACAAUUGCAGAAGGAAAAGAAUGAACCCAGGGAUAAGAGCCAGAAGGAUCUAGCCCAUGCUCUUUCUGAAGCAAGUUAUGCUACGGCAAAAAUGGAUACCCUUGAAAGGACUAGUUCAAAUGAAAAUAGUGUUAAGAGGGGGAGAGCAGAUGAAGGGCUUUGCUGUUCUUGUAGUAAGAAGUCCUUAUGCAAGACUACAAAGUGCAAAUGCCGAUCCACUGGUGGGAGCUGUGGACCAUCAUGUGGCUGCUCACUUUCUAAGUGCACAAAUAGGGAGCUAGGCACAUUACCAGAAAACGAGUCACUAAAAUUAGAAGAUUCAGAAUGCUCUACAAACAAAGAUGGCGAAACUGUGAUCGCUUCUGAAUGUGCUAAACUACUCCAGAACGCACUUGUUCAAAAACCUGCCAACCAGGUGCCCAAAAAGAAACCGUUAUGUGACAUUCAGAACUCACUGGGUAACAUGGAUGCUCAAAAGAAAGGCAGGAAAAAGAAUGUCCGGAAGCCAGCAAUUCACCUUGUUACCAAGGAUCCAAUGUCCUCUUCGCCAUAAAACAACAGAAGUGUUGAAACAUACAAAAUUGUAACAUGGGAAAAUAGUUCAAUGAGGUUGGACUAGGUGAAGAAACCAGCUAGGAAAGAGCAACUGUGAUGGCGCCUUCCAUUAGUAGCGCAAAGUUAACUUUUUGAUUAACUUGCCAUUUUGACACCCAUUCUUCUGUUCUGGGGAUAAUAUAGAGUUAUUAUGGAUUUGUUAUUCUCGUAUCAUGCUGAAUUGUCGAGUGCGAUUUUACAUUGUUAAUUUGGAUGUCUUGUUUAGUAUGGAGUUGUGAGAGUGUGGUUUCAGAAUUCGAUACGUUCAAUAAAAAGAAGAUUUUAUAAAUUCUACAAAAUUAAUAGUAAAAUAUGUUUCUCAUCAA